AUGGUUUCUUCCCAGUUACCUGCUUUGGGAAAAACUCGCAUGUGCAAAUCCUUUCAAGGCCGGUUACUUUUCCCUUUAAGCCCUCCAGAUGUUGUCCCAUCAGAUCAAGUUGAGUUGGACUUCUCUGACGUAUUUGGUCCUCUUCCAGCUCAGGCACCAAAUGAAGUUAUACAUGGAUUACCAGAAGGUUUAAUUGCUGUGGCUAAUGCAAGUGAGCUUGUAUAUGAUGAUCCCGCGGUCAUAUAUAACCGAUCACAUUCUUUGGUUGGUCCCUCGGCUUGUGUUAGUCAGUCGCUGAAACUGAGUAAGCUCACCAUACAUGAGUCGGAAGAUUCAAUGGAACUAGUAGAGUGUCUCAGUGACGAGUCAAUUACGCUUUCUGCAAAUAGUUCUGUUGUUCAGGAACCUCUCGUAGGUGUUGAUGAUAUAUCCAAGAAGGUCCAGACAGUAGGUCUUGAGGAUUUUGAGGUCAUGAAGGUUGUUGGGCAGGGAGCAUUUGGAAAAGUAUUUCAGGUGAGGAAGAGGGGCACAUUAGAAAUAUUUGCAAUGAAGGUCAUGCGGAAAGACAAGGUUAUGGAGAAAAAUCAUACCGCAUACAUGAAGGCGGAGAGGGAUAUUUUGACACAGAUAGAACAUCCCUUUAUUGUUCAACUCAGAUACUCAUUCCAAACCAAAUAUAGACUUUACCUGGUCCUGGACUUUGUGAAUGGGGGACACCUCUUUUUUCAGCUUUACCACCAUGGCCUCUUCAGAGAGGAUCUAGCACGAAUAUAUACUGCAGAGAUUGUUUCUGCAGUGUCUCACCUUCAUGCAAACGGCAUAAUGCAUAGGGAUCUUAAACCUGAAAAUAUCCUACUGGAUGCAGAUGGCCACCCUCCUUUCAUUGGUGGUAAUCGGGGAAGAGUUCAGCAAAAGAUAACAAAGGAUAAACUUAAGCUGCCUGCAUUUUUGUCAAGUGAAGCGCAUUCUGUAUUGAAAGGACUGCUGCAAAAGGAUCCAAACAAGCGACUGGGCAGUGGGCCAACAGACAGUGAUGAAAUAAAGCACCAUAAAUGGUUCAAGUCAAUGAACUGGAAGAAAUUGGAGGGCCGGGAAAUUCAUCCCAUUUUUCGUCCUGAAGUUGCUGGAAAACAUUGCAUUGCCAAUUUUGAUAAGCGCUGGACUGACAUGCCACUGUUAGAUUCUCCAGUGUCCAGUCCAAAACAAAAUGGGAACCUCUUCCAGGGUUUUACUUAUGUUAGACCUACGGCCUCCUUUCUUCAGAGAAAUGACCCCUUGAACUAG